ACUCUAUGUCGCUGUAGUUUAGGGCUCCUACUUGUGCUUUGGGUCUGGGCUGCACUUUUGUGGGGUUUAGCAUUUCUGCAGGGGUUUGCGUCGAUGGCAUGGGCGCCUGCCUUUCAGCUUGCGGUAUUCAGGUUUUGAAGUUUUGGUGCAUAAGAUUGGUGAUAUUUUAUUCUUUUAUUGGGAGUAAGGUAAUGCGGCAUAAGUAUCAGUUAGGAUGGUGAUAAUGUGGCUAGGCUGAGCGUUUAUGUGAUGCCUUUGUGCUCAUUUCUCCGAUCGACCAAUCAGUUUGACCAAAGAGUGAUGGGACUUAACAUGAGUUCAGUGCAUUUGACUAGUGUUGCUCUGAGGUGCAAUUUGCCUUCUGCUACAUAUUGUUUUUGCAGUUUGUAUACGAUUUUUCUGAAUAUGCCCCAAGACAUGAGAUAGUUCUCUACAAAAUAUCGGAAAGAUGGCAUCAAAAGGUCCUCGAUCAAAGUUAGAUCAUGAGACAAGAGCCAGACGCCAGAAGGCUCUUGAAGCCCCAAGGGGGGAGCCUCGAAGGACGAAAACUCACUGGGACCAUCUUCUUGGAGAAAUGGCUUGGCUGGCAAAGGAGUUUGAUGCUGAGAGAAAAUGGAAGCUGUCCAUGGCUAAAAGGAUUGCUCAAAGAGCUAAUAAGGGUGUAGUUGACCAAGCAACAAAGGACGAGAGAAAACAGAAGGAGGAAGAAGUUCGCCUGAGAAAAGUUGCCCUAAAUAUUUCUAAGGACGUGAAGAAGUUCUGGACCAAAAUAGAGAAGCUGGUUUUUUAUAAGAACCAACUGGAGCUUGAGGAAAGGAAAAAAAAGGCCCUAGACAAGCAACUUGAUUUCCUCUUAGGACAGACUGAAAGAUAUUCAACAAUGCUGGCAGAAAAUCUUGUUGAUGUGCGCCUUCAAAAUCAAGAAAAUGACUCUUUACAGACUAAUCAAAGAUCCCAGCAGGAACUAGCACAAGAGAACAUAAAUGCAUCAAGUCCGACUGAUGUUGACAAUGUGGAAAUCGAUGAUGAUUACAACAGUUCCUUGGGUGAAGAGCCAAAAGAUGAUGAACACACAAUCGAUGAGGAUGAAGCUCAAAUUACGGAGGCUGAGCGCAACGAGGAAUUGGCUGCUUUGCAGGCAGAAGCUGAUCUACCACUGGAUGAUAUUCUCAAGUUGUACACUAAAAAUAAAGUUCAAGCUUUCUCAGUUAGCAGGGAAAGCAGUCCAGAUGGCAGAGACGUUUUUAGUGACUCAGAUUCAAAGGAUUUGAUUAAAGAUCCUUUGAACCAGGCUAAUGGAUGCAACGAUGAAUCUGAUCAUACUUCAAGUGAUGAAGGCAUUUCUUCUGAGGAAGCAGAUGAUUACCAGUCUUACUCUGAGUUUGUGAAAAAGAACACUGUGAAAUGCAAUGGCAAUAUCUCAUCUGUUGAUGCAAAGGACGACGAAGAUUAUGUUGCUAAUGAUGAAGGAAAGGAUGAUGAAGCUACUUUGUCUGAAGAGGAAGAGUUGGCGAAGAAAGAAGACUGUGAUCCUCUAGAUGAGGUUAAGUUACUGCAGAAAGAGAGUGAGAUCCCACUUGAAGAACUUCUUGCAAGAUACCAAAAGGAUGGCUAUGCAGAUGAUGACACAACAGAAUUGGAAAAUUCACCUGCACUAUCAGUUGAGGAUGUCAAUGCCAACAUGCCUGUGGAUGAUGAGUCUGCAGACACCGUGGAGGUAAACAGGGAUCUUUCUGCAGAUACCAUGAAACUGACCAGAGAUCAGUCUGCAGAGACCGUAAAAGUGAAUAAUGACCAGUCUGCAGAGAUUGUGGAGGGCAACAAUGACACAUUUGAAGAUCAUGAAUCUGCAGGCAUGCUGGGACCUGAGCAUGUCAGUGGUAGUGUUCUACAACUAGAAACAUCAGAGCCUAUUGUACAGGAAAAUACUGCUAAAGAGGGUGAUGUAACUGAUACUAAAGCGAUGGCCAAUGGAGAUAAUAGUGAUGUGAUUGCUGAUGCUGCAGCUGCUGCAAGAUCAGCACAACCGACUGGUAACACGUUCUCAACAACAAAUGUGCGGACAAAAUUCCCUUUCCUUCUUAAGCAUUCUCUACGAGAAUAUCAGCACAUUGGACUGGACUGGCUUGUUGCUAUGUAUGAAAAGAGGCUGAAUGGAAUUCUAGCAGAUGAAAUGGGUUUGGGGAAGACAAUUAUGACCAUCUCCUUGCUAGCACACCUUGCAUGUGAGAAGGGAAUAUGGGGUCCACAUCUUAUUGUAGUGCCAACUAGUGUUAUGCUAAAUUGGGAGACUGAAUUUCUCAAAUGGUGUCCUGCGUUUAAAAUACUGACAUAUUUUGGAAGUGCAAAAGAGAGAAAACAGAAACGUCAAGGUUGGAUGAAACCAAAUUACUUCCAUGUAUGCAUCACUACAUACAGGCUUGUUAUUCAGGACUCCAAAGUGUUUAAGCGAAAAAAAUGGAAGUAUCUUAUUCUUGAUGAGGCUCAUUUGAUAAAGAACUGGAAAUCACAAAGAUGGCAGACUUUACUAAAUUUUAAUUCGAAGCGACGCAUUCUUUUAACUGGAACUCCUCUACAAAAUGACCUCAUGGAACUUUGGUCUCUCAUGCACUUUUUGAUGCCUCAUGUAUUUCAGUCACAUCAAGAGUUCAAGGACUGGUUCUGCAAUCCAAUUUCAGGCAUGGUAGAGGGCCAAGACAAGGUAAACAAAGAAGUGAUAGAUCGGUUGCACAACGUCCUUCGUCCGUUUAUACUUCGUCGAUUGAAACGGGAUGUGGAGAAACAGUUGCCACAGAAGCAUGAGCAUGUCAUAUAUUGCCGACUUUCCAGAAGGCAAAGGAACUUGUAUGAAGAUUUCAUUGCAAGCUCAGAGACACAGGCAACAUUGGCAAGUGGAAAUUAUUUUGGCAUGAUUAGCAUCAUUAUGCAGCUUAGAAAGGUUUGUAACCAUCCAGAUCUUUUUGAAGGCCGUCCAAUUAUCAGCUCUUUUGACAUGGCAGGGAUCAACAUGCAAAUCAGCUCUUCUGUUGGCAUGGUCCUUGAUAAAGGCCCAUUUUCUCAGGUUGACCUGUCAGAUAUGAAUUUUGUAUUUACUCAAAAUGAAUAUAAUAUGACUUCUUGGGAGGAAGAUGAGGUUGCUGCCAUUUUUUCUCCAAGCAUAACCCUCAGGGGUUCUGGCAUUUCUCGCUCUACUAAUGAUGGUCAGAGAAGCAAUGGGACAAAUAUUUUUGAAGAGAUUCACAAUUCUUUGUGGGAGGAGAGAAUAAAAGAAGCUAAUGAAAGAGCAGCUUCCAUUGCAUGGUGGAAUAGGGUAAGAUGCCAGAAGAGGCCUGUUUAUGGCACAAAUAUUCGGGAGGUUUUGACCAUAAAGCAUCCUGUGUCUGAUAUUCUCGAGAAGAAGAAGAACCCUUUAUGCCACAUGGAAUUUUCAUCAAGCCUAGCAAAUCUUGUUCUAUCAUCGGUGGAUCGCUUCAAGACAAUGCUUGAUUUUAUUGAGUCAUUUACUUUUGCAAUUCCUGCUGCACGAGCGCCUGCACCAUUAUUCUGGUGCAACAAAGGGAAAUCUCCUGUUCUUAUUGAACCAGCAUACAGAGAGAAAUGCAUGAAUGAGUUUUCUCCUGUUUUCUCUCCUAUAAGGCCUGCGAUUGUUCGCCGUCAAGUGUACUUUCCUGACAGGCGUUUGAUCCAGUUUGACUGUGGAAAGUUGCAGGAACUUGCUAUUUUGUUGAGGCGUUUGAAGUCAGAAGGACACAGGGCCUUGAUAUUUACUCAGAUGACUAAGAUGCUUGAUAUACUGGAGGAGUUCAUUAAUCUAUAUGGGUAUACGUAUUUGCGGUUAGAUGGAUCAACCCAGCCAGAAGAGAGGCAGACACUGAUGCAGAGGUUUAAUACUAACCCAAAGUUUUUUCUUUUUAUCUUAUCCACUCGUAGUGGUGGUGUGGGAAUCAACCUAGUAGGUGCAGACACUGUCAUUUUCUAUGAUAGUGACUGGAAUCCUGCAAUGGACCAACAGGCCCAAGACAGAUGCCACAGGAUAGGUCAAACUCGUGAAGUUCACAUCUAUAGACUGAUCAGUGAGAGCACUAUAGAGGAGAAUAUACUCAAGAAAGCCAAUCAGAAGCGAGCUCUUGAUGAUCUAGUGAUACAACGCGGUAGCUACAAUACAGAGUUCUUCAAGAAGCUUGAUCCUAUGGAAUUCUUUUCUGGGCACUCAUCACUUCAUGCAGAGAAUCAGCAGAAGGAUUGCUCUCUGUCUGCUGGACCCUCAAACGGAACUAAUCUGGCGCUGUCAAAUGUUGAUGUUGAAGCAGCUAUUAGACAGGCAGAAGAUGAAGCUGACUAUAUGGCUCUCAAGAGGCUGGAGCAGGAAGAGGCCGUGGACAAUCAAGAGUUCAGCGAGGAGGCUGCUGGAAGACUUGAGGAGGAUGAUCUUGUAAACGAGGAUGACACUAAACCUGAUGAACACACCAAUGAAGAGCAUAAAUAUCAGUGUUCUGAUUUGGUCAAGGACAAGCAUGUUGCUUUAUCUAUAAAUCAAUUAGAUGAAGAAAAGGCUAUAACUUUGGCUGGAGGAGAUGGAGAUAUUGACAUGCUUGCUGAUGUUAAGCAGAUGGCUGCUGCAGCUGCUGCAGCAGGUCAAGCAAGUUCGUCUUUUGAAAAUCAGCUCCGGCCAAUUGAUAGAUAUGCCAUGCGGUUUUUGGAACUCUGGGAUCCAAUAAUUGAUAAAGCUGCUAUAAACUAUCAGGUCAAUGUUGAAGAGGAAGAAUGGGAACUUGAACGCAUUGAAAAACUCAAAGAAGAUUUAGAAGCAGAAAUUGAUGAAGACCAGGAACCACUUUCUUAUGAGUCAUGGGAUGUUGAUUUUGCUACUACAGCAUAUCGGCAACAUGUUGAGGCUCUAGCUCAAAAACAGUUGUUUGAGGAACAAGAAAGACAAGCCCGUGAAGCAGCAAAAGAGUUGGAGGAAAAGAAUGAUAAUAGCACUCAACGAAAAAAGUCAAAAAAGAACAAGAAGAAGGCAGCGAAGUUCAAAUCUUUGAAGAAAGGACGUUUAUCAUCUGAGUCAGAGGUUAUGGUUGAGGAAACAUCAGUAGAUACUAUGAGCAUUGAUGACAAUGCACCCUCACCAGAGCUAAUGAGCGAUGAAUCAGCACACCAUCAUUCUAACAAGCAUAAGAGGAUAAUGUCAACCAAUGAGGAAGAGAACAGCAAUAGCAGAAGCCUGAAGAAGCUCAAGAAAGCCCCUAAAUCGAGUUUCAGUUCCGAGGCCUUAUCACCUAAGCAUUUUCUUGAAGGCAAGCAGCUUAAGUUGAAAGAUGAACUUAAUGAUUCUGAUCCCAAAUCGGGGGCAAGAAUUAAGAGUGAUGGCCGAAUUUCUGUCCCAUGCAUGCCAGUAAAGCGUGUCAUGGUAAUCAAGCCUGAGAGAUUGAAGAAGAAGAGCCUAUGGUCUCGCGAUUGUGCUUCAGACUCGUGGACAACUGAGGAAGAUGCUGUUCUUUGUGCAACUGUAAAUGAGUACGGCCCUCUUUGGGAACUGGCUAGUGAUUCUCUUCAUUCUGUACCAGGUGGUGCAUUUUAUAGAGGAAGAUACCGUCACCCUGUGCAUUGCUGUGAGAGAUUCCGGGAAUUAGUCUGCAAGCACAUCUUAUCAGCAACAGACAAUUCAAACAGUGAGAAGGUUCCUUCUGGGACUGGGAAGGCUAUCUUGAAAGUAUCUGAGGAUCAAACUCAGAUGUUGCUCAAUGUAAUCAGCGAGCUUCCUAACAAUGAAUUGCUUCUCCAGAAACAUUUCAUGGCUGUUCUUUCAUCUGUUUGGAGAUCGAAGUCUGCCUGUGAGUCCCACUGUGUUAUGAGUUACUCUAACACACUCCAGAAACCUGGCAGACUCAGCGAGAACUGGUCCAUGACAAACUUCAGACCAAACUUUAAUCUAGUAAGGACAGCCCUCGCAGAUGCUCAGGUUCAAUGUCCAAGAAUGGUAGUUCCAACAAGCAAUCAUGAGUCCCGCCGUAACUUUUUGGAAUUGGAAUUGGAUUUCUUGACAGAUCGAGAUGAUUAUGAGGCGGACUUUCCAUCUGUUGUUAACGUGUCCAUACUAGAACCGGAACCAUUAAAACAUGCUGUGGAGCCAGUGGAGCACUCACUACUGUCCACACUUUCUUAUAGACAUGCUGAGAACAGAUUCAGGAUGGUAUCAGAAACUUGUUUUGAAGGGGAAGGUUCUCACUGGGCCUCAUCUGCUUUCCACACAUACGAUGCCGGUCGGCAUAAAUCUGGUCCUAAGUCCAUAGGAAAGCACAAAGCAUCAUCAGAAUCUGGAAGGCCUCCCAAAUCCAAAAUUCAAAGGACCACUGAACCACAGGAAGUGCCGGUUACAAAUAAUUUUCAUAGGAUUCCGGGGCAACUUCUGCAUAACUCAGCAGAGUUCCACAUUACCCAGUCCCUAUCUGACCUUGGCAUCAGUGAUUCUGAAUUCACCUACUUUGAUAAUCUUCCUCAAGAGGCUGAAACAGAGUUUGUUCCGUACCAGUAUGACUCUGAUGUCCUUUCUGGCAUUGAGGAGUUGGAUCCUCUUACAGAUUUCACAGACAUCGGAUGAGAACAAAUGAACAUAUUGCUCUGGAUGUCAUGCCCUUUCUUUUAAAGAGGACAUUAGAUUGUCAACGGUAGGAGCCCAAGGAUACACAGAUUGAGUCGCUCGCCACACAGAAUUGAUGCAAGCUUGAUGGCGAUUGGUGGGAGCGAAGCUAUUUGCUUGAUGUGGUCACAAUGACCUUACAAGCUUGGAGGGUUUGGUUAGCACUAAUGGAGGCAUUGGGUACUUUCUAUACAUGUAUGUAUAUUGGUAGCGUAGGCUCUUUAGAUGUAGAAUUGUAUUCCCUCAUUUAUGUUGAGGGAAGACUUUGUAACUUGGAAAUUUUGUUUAGCAGAUGCCAACAGAGAAGGGAAAAGAGGAAGGCCCUCGGCACCACCCAAAUCAUUAUUUCUCGUGUGUUGCUCAUUGGCCCGUUCAAUCCAGCCUUUUUGGCUACCAGUUGCCUGUUUGGCACUGAAUUUUUUUCAGAUGUUUACCUUCGUGGUGGUUGUCCCCACUUGGUCAUCAAAAUCAGGAGUUUAGAAAUGACAUUCGCGGUUAAAUCCCUCGUGAAAUUCGAUAUUCUAAUUUCACUGGAGGAAAAAUUAUUUUGUUUGUGUAAUCCUGAAGUCUUGACUCCAUGGUAUCCAAGAGAGGUAAGACCACAUAUAGGUACAUCUGUACAUGCAUGCUACGCGCUGUAUAAAAUGUUUUGGUGAGUCGUGUUAUGGAUUU